AUGAAGAAAUUAAUAAGUGAGAAUGCUAAAGAUUGGCACAAAAGGCUAUAUGAAGCUUUGUGGGCAGACAGGACUUCACCCAAGAAAGCAAUUGGUAUGUCACCUUUUGAACUUGUGUAUGGAGUUGGGGCUCAACUCUCACUUCCUCUUGAAUUGGCAGCUUCUAAAUUGCAAACAAUCAUUGAGGAUACGUAUUUUCAAAAUGCAUUGGAAAAGAGAAUUAUGUAUUUAAUCAGGAUAGAAGAGGAAAGGGAGAAGUUGGUUGAUCACAUUACAAAGCAUCAACAAUGGGUUAAAAAGAUUUUUGAUCGCAAAGCUAGGCCGAGGAAAUUUAUGCAGGGAGACCAAGUCCUACUCUGGGACAAACAGAGGGAACCAAAGGGAGCACAUGGAAAAUUUGAGUCGUUGUGGAAGAGUUCAUUUUUUAUUCAUGAAGUAAAGGGACCAAAUUCCUCCAAGCUGGCCUAUGUGGAUGGUACUGUUCUUCCCCUAUCUUAUAAUGGACAGGAUCUCAAGCUCUACAAAUUCUAA